UCAGUGUCCAUCAAUGCCACCUGUCACUGCCUUUCAGUGUCAACUAUCAGUGCCAGUCUGUGCCACCUAUCAAUGCCAGUCAGUGCCACCUAUGAGUGCUGCUAAUCUGUGCCACCUAUCAGUGCCAGUCAGUGCCGCCUAUCAGUGCCAGUCAGUGCUGCCUAUCUGUGCCAUAUAUGAGUACUGCCUUUCAGUGCCCAUCAGUGAUGUCUGUCAAUGCCCACCAGUGAUACCUGUCAAUGCCCAUCAGUGCCACUUACAAGUGCCUCCUCAUCAGUGCCCAUCAGUG